GAAUUACAGAGGAGGAUUUCGUAGGAAAUUAAAAGCAGCAGCCGCUCUUAAUUUAUUUAUUCAAUUGUUUUACAGGACUCAACGGCAGGAGUAAGCAGAAUUCUGCAAUUAAAUUCCAUUGAAAAUAGGAAUCCGGUGUUGGGACUGUAAAUUAUUUGGUGGUUAAGAACGGAGGGAACAAGUGAUUUAUUAGAUCAAACAAGGCAGAUAUGUUCUCGCUCUUUUAUGGACUUUGGAAGUACCUAUUUAGUAAGACGGAGUUUCAUGUACUCAUUCUUGGAAUCGAUAAGGCUGGAAAAACGACUUUGUUGGAGAAAUUGAAAUCCUUAUACUCAAACUUGGAAGGCCUACCACCUGAUCGAAUUGUUCCAACUGUAGGGCUUAAUAUCGGUCGCGUUGAAGUUUUAAACACAAAACUUGUAUUCUGGGACCUUGGAGGCCAGCCAGGCCUUCGCUCAAUUUGGGAGAAAUACUAUGAAGAGGCACAUGCUGUGGUAUUCGUAAUUGAUGCUGCUUGUCCUUCACGUUUCGAAGAUUCAAAAUCUGCACUUGAGAAAGUUCUUAGACACGAGGAUCUGCAGGGAGCCCCUCUCUUGAUAUUAGCAAACAAGCAGGAUCUCUCUGAAGCUGUAACAGCUGAAGAACUAGCGCGAUAUCUUGAUCUUAAAAAAUUGGAUGAAAGGGUUUACAUGUUUGAGGCUGUUUCUGCAUUUGAUGGGACGGGAAUUAAACAAGGCGCGGAGUGGUUAGUGGAGGUAAUGGAGAGAAGCAAGAGAACUGAAAUGUUGAGAAAUCGUGCAGGUGUGGCCGGUCCUUGAGUUUUAGAGGGGUGAAAAGAUACCAGGUUAAAGUUGGUUUUACCCUCGUGUAUCUUUCUGUCAAAUAAAUUCUGGGUUAACGUUACAUUUUAUCGUGAUUAAAAGUUCAUCGCCAGUUUUUACCAACUAUUAGUUGAUUUAAUAGGACAGGGUUUUAAAUUUUUUAAGCGAAGUUAGAAAUUUAAA